UGGGGGGGCGUUCAAGAGACAUGGUAAAUACCACCAUCCUACUUGGUUAUAAACGCACUAUUAGGCGCAGCGCGUGCGGGUUGACCGAUUCCGCUUUUUCGGUCGGUGAGGAAAUAUUCGAGUGAAAGGUUAGGCAACGUUAUAACUCAAACUCCAGUAACAAAGUCCACAGUUACUUUCCGGACACUGCGACAGAUCGACUACUAUAUCCAAUCCUGAGAUCCACCGACAAGGCAACUUUCUCCAGCAGUCGUGGGCGACCCUGAACGGAAGCAGACCCCUGUCUCCUCCUCCUCCUCUUCCAUCCAGCCAGUCUCUACAGAUCUACUGCUUUAGACCAGAGGAGCAGAGCACCAUGGUUGUGUCCAAGGCCUGGACGUUACGACAGCACUUCCAGGGUUUCCCCAAGGCUAGUGACUUCCAUCUGAGGGAGGAGACGCUGCCGCAGCCCAGGAAUGGACAGGUGCUGUUGGAGGCUGUGUUCCUUAGUGUGGACCCCUACAUGAGACCCUACAGCCAGACGAAGAUGAAGGAGGGAGACGUGAUGAUUGGGUCACAAGUUGCCAAGGUGAUCCAGAGCUGUAACCCCAGCUUCCCGGUGGGCUGCCAUGUGGUCAGUGAUUGUGGAUGGAGGAGUCACUGGGUGUGUGAUGGGGCAGAGCUGACCCCUGUGCUGCCCGACUGGCCCCAGGAUAUCCCCCUCUCCCUGGCCCUGGGGGCCAUCGGCAUGCCUGGUCUGACAGCUCUGUAUGGACUAGAGGAGGUGUGUGAGAUAAAGGAGGGGGAGACUCUUCUGGUGAACGCUGCAGCAGGGGCCGUGGGCUCAGUGGUGGGACAGAUCGCCAAGAUCAAGGGCUGUACAGUGGUGGGCUGUGCGGGGACAGAUACCAAGCUGUCCUAUCUAAAGGAGCUGGGUUUUGACCAGGUCUUCAACUACAAGACUGUCACCUCUCUGGAGAACUCACUCAGGGAGGCCGCGCCACACGGAUACGACUGCUACUUUGAGAACGUUGGUGGGAAGUUCUCCAGUGUAGUGAUGCCUCAGAUGAGAGAGUAUGGCAGAAUAGCUGUGUGUGGAAGCAUCUCAAUGUACAACGACACCACACCACAGACAGGGCCGUAUGUCCACUCCCAUAUGAUCUUCAAGCAGCUGAGGAUGGAGGGCUUCCUGUGUGGUCGCUGGAAACACAAACACCAGCAGUCACUGAGGAGGCUGAUGGCCUGGAUGACUGAGGGCAAGCUGCGAUGCAAUGAACACAUCACCAGUGGUUUCAACAACAUGCCUGCUGCCUUCAUGGGCAUGCUACAGGGAGACAACAUCGGCAAGGCUGUGGUCAAGGUGUGAAGAUGUCACAAUCACAUCAACAUUACACUCCUCCAGAACAUCUGGCUAAAGCAUUCCAGAACACUCAACUUCAUACACACUCCAGGUUCUAGAUCCGGAAUCUGUUUGUACUCAACAUUCCAGAAUCCUUCCUGAAUACCACACUCUAAUGUUCUGUUCCAUGUUCAGACAAGUUGAGGUCCAGUAUAAUUCAACAGACAGCUAGACAGGUUUUGGUCCAGUGUAAUUGAACAGACAGCUAGACAGGUUUUGGUCCAGUGUAAUUGAACAGACAGCUAGACAGGUUUUGGUCCAGUGUAAUUCAACAGACAGACAGGCUUUGUUCCAGUGUGAUGCUAUUAACUAAAUAAACAUGUCUUCACAAUACAAUGUUUAUAAUAUA